UAAUGCUUGGAAAAUUGGAACGUCUACACCUGACAUUUUCGCUGCUUCCAGAAUGUCAACAUCAGUCAGUACAUAUACACGGCCGUGAAGUUUCAGUUGUGUGACCGACUCGCAACUCCAGCCUCACUGCGCAUGAAACUGUAUUGGUAGUCCUCCCACAGCGUAUUUAUCGUCGCUCUAGACACAACAUCAAUUUGUUCCUGGAAUUACACUUUUCAACUCUUUUCCAGUCUGUUUUUUCACCCUUGUUGCGAGUACUCUAAUUUAGAUACUAGAUGUUUUUGGCUGCUUCACAGAAAAGCGAAUUACAGUUUGGAAGUUAGAUUUUAGUGGAUUUAAUUAGGGGUCCCUAGGUUGAAAAUCACGUAUUCUUGUGCUAUUGAUGGCGGGUUCUUGCUCACAAUAGAUGUAAAGUGCCUAUUUAUCCGGCCACAAAUGAUAUGCAAAUCCAGACAACCAUCCUCUACGGCCCACACUUGACCAUGAAAUGCUGUAAUCAGCCUUUAAUGUUGCAUCUCUUCGAUUUUUAAUGAAGAAAUAUGACAGGGAGUAGUAAAUAUAAGAGGAUGGACCUAGGAGCCCUUGGUUUAGCUAUCAUUCUCCUUUAGCAUUUUAUAUAUACCAUAAAUUACACAAAGUUCAUUUCAACUGUUCAAACAGCAUAUGUUCAAACAAAUCUUCGUUUAAAUUCAUACUACAUACUCUCAAUGGCCAAGAAACUUCGUAACAUCGCGACAACCGGAGCUUCGCAACCUGUUGAACUCGCGAGCCCGACUGCGACAUCGCAAUCCGAUGAGACCGUAGUUGGUAGUCCAACAUCUCAACUCCAAUUUACGUCGGGGCCAUGGGAAAAGGACACGGAUCCUUUCAAAGAUCUAGAGAAGCCGUUACCAGGAUGGCCGCUCGUGUCUAAGGUGAUUGCAGAUUAUCCAGACCUUGAAGCGUUCAAGGCUUUCCGCGCUCUCAACAUCAAGAGCCUGCUUUAUUAUCAGGCAGAGUUGGAGAAUUUACGAAUGAAAUUGCAUCAGGCAGAAUAUAAUGAACACCGUCAGGGUGAGCAAGAGGGCAUAGAAAGGGCGUCAAUGAUGUCGGAGAACCUGGGAUACUAUCUUUUUCAUGCUCGAAUGGAGGACGACAAGUGCAAGUCUCAGCAAGUAAAGAUUAUGAAGCAGAUUAGAGUCGUCCUCAAGGAAUAUAGUACGAUAUUUGAUUUCUCGAUUCAUGGUUGCAAUUACUGACAAUAUUGAUUUUCAGACGAUGCUUUACUACAAUACUCCCAAAUCAUGGCAUUACCACGAGCAGACCCGUAUAACGUGGAAACUUUGAGAGUCUGGAUAAAGAGAGUUGGUAAUCAUUGUAUUAGUGGUCCUGCUGCGAAAGCGUGGGGUGAUUAUACAGAGAGUGUACGCAAAGAGAAACCAUUAAAAUGGCAAUUCAUCAGUCUCUUGCGUAGCAUGUUUUGGCCUGCAGUUCCUAAACCUGAUAUUCUCGACCUUGUUGUACCUCGGCAGGGCCAUAAGGUUGACAGCCUUACGAGAUGGGUCGCUAAUGAAUUUGUCCCGUUUUGGCACAGCCUGAAGCAAACUCUACGACGCAAGAAGAUAAAGACAUCCUCCGAAGAUAACGGGCUACCAACUACUGAAGAAAAAACCCAUUCGUCAUUAGGGAGUGGGAAAACUCAAAGAAGCUUUCCCUCUUGGCUCACUGUUAGAAAAAGCUCGACUGGCACAAUCGAAGGACAUUCGAAGUCGAAAAAUAGAGCUGGACUUACUGUUUACUCCGAAGCUCGCAUGCUACGUUUUACCUCAUCUGUAGCAACAGUUAUUGCGUGCCUCUUACCAACCCUUGCAAUAGCAGUUCUCUCGAGUCUACAGUCUACCGUGGAACUACUUGGCGUAAUCGCAGCAUUCACAGCUAUGUUUGCCAUAGGGCUUAUGUUCUUGACCGAUGCCGGUACAUCAAGAGUUGAGAUUUUCACCGCUACUGCUGCGUAAGUUCAGCGGCAUCUUACUGUUUCACGAAAGUAGACUAAUGUGGUUCCAGGUUUUCUGCAGUUAUGGUAGUAUUUGUGCAGAAUCAAAAUGUCUAUGUUGGCUCGUAUGCAAACAGCCCCGGAACACGAAUUAUGAACAACACAAACACGAAGAAAGGAUGAAAGUCAGCAAUAGGCAACUGUAAUCACCUAAUAUUGUCUAGUGUGCUUUACUGUCUUUUUACUGAUACGCUCUAGUUUCAAUCCUCUUUGCAUGUCUCAAUUUUGAUGUCGGACAGAGGAGGACGAAGAAAGUACCCCGUAUUAUAUAUCUUCAUUAACGCCACCGAUAUUGUAUCAUUCUUCACCAGUUUCAUACUUGGAUCAUCCACUUGCAGAAAUGUUUUCUUGAUAUAAGUUUCGAUGUCACAAACCAUUUGAAUAUGUGGCUUCAAAAAUUAUGAUAUCACGAGUUGCGAGAUUUCAAUUAAAUCAUUUCCUUCUUGAACAAGGUU